ACAUGGCGGUCAAGGUCGAAACCAAUAUUUAUGUGUUUGGCGAGGCUGUUGAUCCGUGAUCAGACAGAACGUGGGGUUUAAAGAAGUGAAAAUUGCCCACCAUUAUAAAGCAUUCGGCUUACAACGCAUUGUGAAAGGCAACUGGCAAUGGCUGGUAACUUACGAAGAAUUGGUAUAUUUGCAUAUUGUAAAUUUUGGUCUGGACGUUUUACAUUGUCUCCGGGGGUACAGGUACUUCGUACAAAAUCACAUUUGUUGCCCAAGGUUUCCUCACAGAUGCAGAGAAAUUUUGUGGUUUAUCAUGCGCAUUUUCAAAAAGUGGAAUCACCAGAAAGUAAAGAAACAGAAAACAACAGGAAACACUGGGAUCAUAGUGAUUCCAUAAUGGACGAUACCCAGACAGACGAGCAAUUUGGUCAAGUACAACAGCAUCCGGAGGAGAAAUUGAGAGAUCAAGAAUUGCUGCAGGAAAAACAGACAACCAGAGAAAAUUAUUACGAAGAGUGGCAGAAGAAGGAGGAGUCGUUUGGAUGGAAAGCUGGAGCGCCAAAGCAAAGAUUACAUCCAGUGUCUGAUGAGAUUGUAGAUAAAGCAAUUAAAGCUCGGAGAAAACUUUCAAAAGUGAACAAAUGGAGUCUGGUUUGGUUGAAAAGGUAUAAAAGCAUCAGAGAUGUACCAGAUGAAGUAACGCGUGCAUAUUGGCAAGAGGCACAUUCAUUACUCAUGGCAAGACUUAUGUUUUGGAGUGCAUUUUGGAUCUAUGCAGGCUUUUUAUUUCUUGAUUACUGUUUGAGAAAGCGUUAUAUAAAUCUUGUGAGGUACACAAAGUUUAUUAUAUGGUUGACUGGAGGCCCAGAAGAUUGUGAUUUAGUGAAGGACAUGGAUGAAAAUAAUUAUGUAUUGGGAUGAAGAGUUAAAUAAAGGUCUUCCAACUAUGAACCGUGCGAUUUGUAAACAGUGCAAAGGCUUUCUCUUUUUAAUCAUUUGGAAGUUGUAAUUAUUAUCUAUUUCAUUGAUUUGAAUAGUGUCUUAGCUUAAAUUCAAAAUAUUGUAAAAAUUGUGAUGUCUUUGAGGAAAGCUCGUUCAAGAAAAUGAUAAGCAAUAAUGACUAUUCAAUAAAGUUUUAUGUAAAUUU